GUCUUAUCGCCUGUUUGGGAGCCCCGACUAUAUGUCCCUCCCCUCUUGAGUGUUUUUCUUUGUCUCCCCUCCCAUUCUAUGCCCGUCCAUACACAGUCUUUAAAGCGACAUUUCUGAUUUCGAGCCGGGGGUUUCUAUCACACGGGCUUUCCCGUACCUUAUACGAGGCGUUUUGUCUGUCCCAGUGUCGCUUCCAGCACUAGUUCUGCUGCCGCCGUGUUACAUCGAAAUUCCCUCAACUGCUGCUCUGUAUACUGCCACCUCCAAGUACGCGGUCAAUCGUUUACCAUGUGGAAGCCUCCAAUCAACUUCAUCACGCUACACUAUGCGUACAUUUUGAGUUUUGGCAUUCUGACCAUGAUCAUCGUAUAUCCUUACGGAAAUAUGAAAGCCAUAGAUGCAUAUUACUUUGGAGUUAGUGCUUCGACUUCUUCGGGCUUGAAUCCUUUUGACGUCAAGGCGCUCAAGACGUAUCAGCAGGUCUGGUUCUAUAUCACACCUAUUAUCACUAACCUGGGCUUUAUCAAUAUCGUCGUUGUUAUCGUAAGGCUGCGAUGGUUCAAACAAAAGCUCAAAGGAAUUCCUGCUGCAAACAAGAGACCAAAGAGUUCUAGACAUUCCGUUGAUCCGCGGAUUCAGAUCCUUGCUGAUGUCUCUGAAAAGAGGGACCUCGAGGGAGGUCCCCCAGCCGAGACUGUCUCCGAAACGAAGCCUGAAGUUUCUGGCAACCAACAAAAGGAUGAAACCCCAAAUACAGCUCACAUUACGUUUGCCCCUGACCCUCGCUACACUGUCAAUGAGAAAGGCACAUUGCAUGUUGCAGGACCACGUGAAGGCGAGAGCGCACAGCCUUCCAUUCCAAUGUCCGAUGAUGAAGAUGAUGACCAAAUCAAGCCUGUUGGAGAGUUCAACAACCGGUUACGUCGCAGGCUAUCUGAGACAAGAAGUAUAAGCAAAGCAACCUCGAUAGACCGCGCUGUCUCAUCCAUAUUCGUCCUUGGAAGCACACCUAGUGGCCGCCGUAGUGAGGAAAAAUCAAGGCAGCCAUCAAUCGACCUGGCUUCGCUGAGUCCAGAAGAGUUGGGUGGUGUCGAGUACCGCGCCUUGCGCGUCCUCCUCAAGGUUGUUGUCGCAUACUUUUUCGGUCUGCAUUUGUUUGGUGCUAUUUGUUUGAUACCUUGGAUUCAUCUCUCUCCUUUGAAGUACAAGGAAUACCUCGCCUCGCAGGGUGUAGACAAGACAUGGUGGGCCAUUUACUCAUCGCAAACCAUGAUCGACAAUUUGGGUCUCACCCUUACCCCAGACAGCAUGAUCUCUUUCCGCGACGCAACCUGGCCUAUGCUGGUCAUGUCUUUCCUCGCUUUCGCAGGCAACACAUUCUAUCCAUGCUUCCUCCGCCUUGUCAUCUGGAUCAUGUGGAAAAUCGCCCCGAACGAGUCCUCAACCAAAGAGUCUUCGAGAUUCCUGCUUGAUCAUCCUCGCAGGUGUUACACGCUGCUGUUUCCCAGCACUGCGACCUGGAUUCUCACCGCUAUCCUCGUCUUCUUGAACUUUGUCGAUACCCUUCUUAUUGUCACCCUGGACCUGGAUAACACCGAAGUCAACGUCCUCCCCGCCGGCCCCCGCAUUCUCGCCGCCUUGUUUCAAUCCGCAUCAUCGCGCCACACGGGCACCUCGACAUUUAAUCUUGCCAAUGUUAACCCGGGUGUACAAUUUAGUCUGCUGGUCAUGAUGUAUAUUUCCGUCUACCCCAUUGCGAUUAGUAUCCGUAUGAGUGAAACCUACGAAGAUAAGUCGGUGGGACUGUACGCGGCAGACGAGAGCCCCGAUGAUAAUACCGACAGCAAGACCUAUCUAAUCAAUCACCUGCGCAACCAGUUGAGUUUCGACCUGUGGUAUAUUUUCAUGGGUGUUUUUUGUAUUUGCUGUUCUGAAAGUAAGAGAAUUAUGAGCCAUGAAGAUUGGGCCUUUUCAGUUUUCUCGAUAUUUUUUGAAGUCGUCUCAGCAUACGGAAAUGUCGGGCUUUCCUUGGGGUACCCUACGAACCUUGCUUCGCUAUCCGGUCAAUUCAGCGUAUUUGGCAAACUGGUCAUUUGUGCUAUGAUGUUACGUGGAAGGCAUAGGGGUCUACCUUACGGACUCGAUCGUGCUAUCAAUCUGCCAAAUGACCUUGUCACCAAGGACGAACAGGAGAGAUAUAAGGAUUUUGACACCCAAGGAACUAUCACAAGUGAUGGGAUGGAGAGAAAAGAAGAAGGAAAAUUCAAAAAGGGCAAGAGAUUGAUGAAGAGCCUGACACAGUGAUUUGAGUAGACUUUUUUUUUCUAUUGGGGAAAAGAGAGGACACCAUCUGUUUUCUUUCCAUGUUACGUCUUCGACGUUAGAUCGAUUUAAACGUAGGAACAUGACGAUUGCACACCAUCACGUAGAAAUUCUCAGAAGGACUCGUCACGACAACGACCAAGAAAUUUAACAACCAUUCCAUCCAUUUCUUUUCUUCCGCAAAAACAAUAGUUAGCUAACAAUAAAUCUUU